AUGGGAAAUGUAUUGAUUUUCGUGCUCAUUAUCUUACCUCAUGUCCACUUCCUCACAGCACCCUGGACAUCAGAUAUUCCAUGGACUUCCGCUGGAUCAUCCGAGGAACCAAGGCGGAGCUUUUUCCAAUGUAACUGGGAAGGCCUCACGAGCGGGCAAAGGGGUCCGGACCAACCUCUCUCCCUAUCAUUUCCAGCUGCAACCAUUUCUCCAUCCGAUUCCGAAGAAAAGGAAAAUCCACAUUCAGGACAAACAUUAACAACAGCACCAUUAACUCUGGACCUAUUGCGCCAAAUCGACUCUGCCACCGUCGGUAGGAGCAGGAAAAGAACAUCUGCGGCUCCAUUUGUUCCCGAUGCCGAAGAUUUCGAGCAUCGCCUGCCCGCUCCAAAGAAAUAUCGAUUGGACCUGAACUUGGAGCCCACGUAUUCUUCGGACGAAGACGCAGAGGAUACCACUACUGCACGUUCGGAAUCUCCAACUGGGUACUCUGAUGGCUCAAAUCCCCCAACCCAUGCAGUCUCUUCGCAGUCGAAUCAACAUUCUGGCCCACAUGCUCAGGAGCCGAGUCACAAUCAGCCAAGUUACCAUCACCUAACUCAAGACACGGAUGCGAGGGUUGCGACCCCCCAGGUAGCUUCAAGCCUUCACAAAAGCAGCGACACGUCCAACCUACCCCCGAGAGAUGGGCUUGCUAUUGCAUCCUCCUCUCCAGAUAGUCAAGUCCCGGAGCAGACGCCAAUUGAUCAUCGGAAGGCAAAGUCCGCUUUCCAGAAGUACCUGCUCACCGUUAAGGAUAGUGGAAGGGUAUUAGAUGACAGUCUAAUUACAGAACUGGAGGCGAGACAGACCUUUCACUUGGAGUGCUUCGACGGCAUCUUUUGGGCUUGGAUUUCGAUCAUUUGGAGUCGGACUCAAGACAUGGCUGUCGACGAAGUCAACAAGUCUUGCGGCCCAGAACUCUCAGAAUUGAUAUCCACAUGCAUUCCUCGUGAGCGUCUUGAGGCCCUAGAUCCCAGGAUGGGAGAAAGCUCUCGCGAGGCUUCACAAAUGGAAACCGAAUUGACCAAGUUCGCCUAUUUACUGUGGGCUGUGCACUGGAGAACCCUUGAUCUUCUGGGACUCAAAGCCACACAUUCCAGUCCGAUUUACAUGAAAGAACAGAAAGAUUUCCUACAUUGGUUUAUUCGUUUCAUGCAGAUAUGCAAGGUCCCUUCCGAAUGUUUCAAUACUCGGGGCGAUUAUGUUUACCAAAAGAUAAUGACAGCUCUCGAAUGCAAGGAACAUCUACUGGUAUAUCGAGUAGAUCGCAAGAACGUGACGAAAUCGCCGAUUCUGGUUUCGAGUAAGCAAUUGCUGAUGAAUGAAGCAGCCGCGCAUACCGUUACGUAUUACUAUAAAAACACAAACUUCAUAAAAUGGCGCUAUCUCUUCAAACAAGACAUCAGUUUCCUUCUGAAGCUGGCUAAUUUUGGCUCGCGGUGGUUAGACAGACUGGUUAAGAGACGGAUACGAUCAUGGGACUCUACUGAAGAAAAUGUCUCAAAUUUAAUCCCCUGGAGAGCAGCGUUGGAUUCAAAACCUUCGAGAUACUAUGCGGAUAAGGGACUUAUUCAAUUUGAAAAAUUUGUCAGGUUACUUGAUCCUGGCGAACGCGUAGAUACAAAUCAACUCAAAAUAUGGCAACCUUUCUCGUUAACAAAGGUGGGCGAAUUGUCGUGGGCGUGGAUAUCCAAGUUAGAAUCAAAAGUAGAGGAUGCCGCUCCUCGGCAAGUUGAAAACUAUAGACCACGUCGCGAAUCAGCCAAAAUUCUCAGAACUUAUAUCAAAGAAGUGAUUGAAAAUAAAUUAGGCAAAGAAGAGAAAAUUAAAUAUCUAUCCAAGCAUCAAGAAAAUAUUCCUAGAAAGCUGAUCAGACUAUUCUUUCAUGUUUGGAUCAUGAAUUUUGCAAUCCUCGAAGCUUUGGGUUGUGAGAUCCCAGGAAGAGACUUUGAUGAAGAGCAAGAACUGGUUCGAUCAUUCGCCGAAUAUUUUUUUUCUCAAGGGAAGUACGAGCGAUACCAGGUGCAGGGAGUUAGCGGGAAGGAAGAGAUUGACACGCUUCUUCUGGAUUUGAUUCCUAUCGACCAAGAUGAAAUUGCAUAUACGAUCAAAAACUCCAAUUCGAAAGAAGCGGGGACGUCGAAUAUAUUCAAGGAAGACAUCAUUAUGACCAAGAUUGCGGUGACCAUUCUCGGAUUCUACUACAAAAAUCGGAACAAGGAGAAGUGGGAGGUCCUGUUCGAAGACGACGAAAACCUGGUGAAUUUUCUGAUCAAGCACCGCGGUAAAGGAUUUGCCAUGGGAAAGCUGCCCUUGUACAAAGGUAAAUUCCUCCCAAACAUCAGAUUGCUGCAGGUCAUUCCAUGGGUCUCGCAGUCAAAGUUUUCGAGUGGAAAUCUGCCCGAUCAAGCUAGAAGAUUAUUCAAGACCAAACCAAAGAUGGUCUUUGAGAAAUGGAUGACAAAAUGGGAGCUCAACUCCAAUGGUUCUCCAAUUCAUCAGAAGAGUACAAGCCAACCUUCCCAGUGA